AUGCCAACUCUCGCCGUUGCACGCGAUUACUUGUUUGACCUCAUUGGGAAGAAGUACACGGAGGAGCAAUUCGAGGAUGUCUGCUUUGAGUUUGGCGUGGAGCUAGACGACGUCACGAGUGAGCGGGAGAUGUUCAGCCGCGAACAGGGGGCUGCCGAGGGCGCCAAGCUGGAGGAGCUCUCCGAUGAGGUCAUCUACAAAAUCGACACCCCCGCCAACCGCUACGACCUGCAGUGUGCGGAGGGGAUGGCGGCGGCGCUGAAGGUGUUCCUCGGAUUCAUGCAGGCCCCCGCCUUCCGGGUGCUGAACCGCAGCAACCCACUUUACAGGAUGACCGUGGAGAAGUCGGUGCGUAACGUCCGCGACUACGUUGUCUGCGCCGUGCUGAAGGACAUUCGCUUUAACGAGCGCAGCUAUUGCAGCUUCAUUGAUUUUCAAGAGAAGCUGCACUCGGGCCUCGCCCGUCGUCGGACCCUGGCCUCCGUGGGAACGCACGACUUGGACAAAAUCGGGUGUCACGACUUUGUGUAUACACUGAAGCCAAAGGAAACGAUUCGCUUUGUGCCGCUUAACCAGCGGGGUCGUGUGCUCGACUGCACUGGGGAUGGUCUAGCGGAGUUCUACAAGGAGGAUCGACACAUCUCAAAGUAUGUCCCGCUUCUUGCUGGCCUCAGCCAGUAUCCAGUUAUCAUGGACGCUGAGAAAAAGAAAGUACUUUCCCUGCCGCCCAUCAUCAACUCCGAUUACUCGUGCAUCAGCAAGGAGACCAAAAACAUAUUUAUAGAAUGCACAGCGCCUGACCACUACAAGGCCACUGUACUGGUAAAUCAGAUAGUGUGUGCCUUCUCCUCCUACUGCGAGGACCCGUUCACGGUGGAGGCGGUGCAGGUGAAGUACGAGGAGACGGCGCCGGACGGCACCACGGUGGCUGUGACGCCAAACCUGGACCCCGUUGUCGAGUCCGUGACGGUUCCAAAGGUGGAGCGGCUGAUUGGUAUCAAGCUGGACUCACCGCAGCAGUGCAGCACACUCCUCGCGCGCAUGCUGCAUCGCGUCGCCAAGGUGGAGGGCGACACCGUCGUCGUUGAGGUUCCCCCGACUCGGCCCGACGUUCUUGGGCCCACCGACCUCAUGGAGGACGUUGCCAUCGCCUACGGCUACGACAACAUCCAAUACGUAGAGUGCACCACGCGGGGCAAGGUGACGCAACAGCCGGUCAGUAAAAUGUCGCAUCUCCUCCGCAUGGAGGUGGCGAACGCGGGCUACACGGAACUUUUAACGUUUUCGUUAUGUUCCCGCGACGAGGCGUUUGCGCGCCUGAACCGCGAGGACGACGACGUCGCGGUGCACAUCGCCAACCCGCAGACGGUAGAAUUUCAGGUCUGUCGCCCCUCCCUGAUGCCGGGCAUCCUUAAGACACUCAACGCGAACAAGUCGCACCCGCUGCCGUUGCGCUUCUUUGAAUGCUCGGAUGUGGUGCUGAUAGACAACGAGAAGAACUUCCCGCCGAUUAUCAGGCCACACUCUGACUACCCAAGAUGUGGGGCAAGCAACCAGCGCCACCUUGCCGCACUGCAUUGCUGCAGUGAAAACAGUGGCUUUGAGGACAUUCAUGGUCUGGUUGAGUUUGUCAUGACAAAGCUUGGCGUUCCGCGAAAGGGUGACCCUGCUGCCGAGGCAGAAGAGGAUGCAUACACGUUGGAGCGGGGAACUGACGGCGCCUUUUUUCCUGGACGCUGCAUGGACAUUUUCCUGCACCGCAAGGGUCAGAAGGUGCGACUAGGGGGCUUCGGUGUCGUUCACCCCAACACUCUCCGGGCGUACGAUAUUCCAUUCCCAUGCUCAUAUGUGGAGAUGAAUGUUCAAUUUGCCCAGUAA